CCUCCUCACCCCCUCCAUACUAUAGACUGAUGUCCUUCAGGGCUCCACUACAGAGCAGAGGGACUCUUACACCAGCCCUGUACACUGAGAUAUCUCUCUGUACACACAGACAGGAGAGAAGUGGGCAUCUAUAACCUGAUCUGUCCUCCCAGAGCUCACCUGAACACAGAGGUAUACACUACAGUGUGACUCUCACCACGACUACCGCUCACCAAAGGAGAGAGGGACAGGUAAACAGACGGCUAUAGGAAAAGAGGGACCGCAUCGAUGAAAGAUAUGUGCGGGAAGGAGAAGACUGUAGGCAUUGCCAAUGUGCCAAAAUACCAGGGGUCAGACAAGACGCCUUCCCCAUGCUGUGAAGGUCGUAGCAGUGAGUCAGCCCCAGGAAGCAGAAAGCAGAAUGGCAAAGUCCAUCAGACUCGCUUGGCGUUCUUCAGACACUUGGAGAAGGUGGAGACCAUGAGGAGUUUCUGGGAGCUCAAACAUGUGGAGCAGGAGGGAGAACCACAACAGGGUAGUCCCUGCCCUCAGCUAUUGCCCCUCAUCCUCAAACAAGUGGAGAAGAAAGGACACCCUCAACCGCUGAAGGACAAUGUGAUGAGGGAUGGAAAAGACAAGGCCAAACUCAGCCUGAAAGGCCAGAAAUCCCAGAAGAAGAAGAAGCCUCCACAUGCAUCAGAUAACGUAGAGGCCCUUCUUCUAGACCAGGUGGAGAAGCUCAACAGGCAGAAUGCUGAGCGUUCUCAUGGUAACGGAGUGGUUCUGGACAUGCUCCGCGCCCCCGUCGUCCAACCAGAGGACCUGGAGGAUCUAGAGGGGGAGGAGGAGGAGAAGAGGAGAACCCCUGAGCGGGAGGAAGAGCAGAGGGCCAGGGAGGAAGAGGAGGAAGAGGAGGGGGAUAUAUUUGGUGAAUCUGAGGCUGAGGAAGAGGAGGGGAGGGAGGAACAAGUUGGAGAGGAAGAGGUGGAGAAGAGAAUGGAAGGAGGGGAAGAAGAGUCAUCAUUGUCACCAGAACCUCUAGAAAGCUCUGAGGAGUUAAGUGAAGUGGCCACCAGCAGUAAAAACUGUGUCACAGAGGAGGACCUGCUGAAAGAUGAACUGAAAAAGAGCAGAGUGGAGGAGAGGAAAGAGGAGGAGGAUGAAGAGGGAGGAGUACCUGAGGGGGCAGAGCCUCAGGCUGCCCAAUCAAAGGCAGAGAAGAUGAAGGAGGAAGAAAAGGUGGACGACGGACAGCCAGAAGAGUACAUCAUUGACUCUACCCCUCCGCCAGCAGCCCCCUUUGACCACCGCAUUGUGACUCCAAAGCCUCACCAGAUUGCUACCUUCUACGCCAUUAACAGAGAAGAGGUCCUAGGAGGGGGACGUUUUGGACAAGUCCACAAAUGUGUGGAGAACUCUUCUGGACUGACGCUGGCUGCCAAGAUGAUCAAAGCCAGGAGCCAGAAAGAAAAGGAUGUGGUGAAGAAUGAGAUCCAGGUGAUGAACCAGCUGAACCACGCUAACCUUAUUCAGCUCUACGCCGCCUUUGAAUCACGCCACGACAUCAUCCUCGUCAUGGAAUAUGUGGAUGGCGGGGAGCUGUUCGACCGGAUCAUAGAUGAGAACUACAAGCUGACAGAGCUGGACACAGUGCUGUUUAUCAGGCAGAUCUGUGAGGGACUACAGUACAUGCACAGGAUGUACAUCCUACAUCUAGACCUCAAGCCCGAGAAUAUUCUGUGUGUGAGCAGAGCUACAAACAAGAUCAAAAUUAUUGACUUCGGGCUCGCCAGGAGGUAUAAGCCCAGGGAAAAGCUGAGGGUGAACUUCGGAACGCCGGAGUUCCUGGCUCCGGAAGUCAUCAACUAUGAGUUUGUCUCAUUCCCUACGGACAUGUGGAGUCUGGGGGUCAUCACAUACAUGCUGCUGACAGGUCUGUCUCCAUUCCUGGGGGACGAUGACAAUGAGACUCUGAACAACAUCCUGGCCUGUCAGUGGAACUUUGAGGAGGAGGAGUUUACAGACAUCUCUGAGGAGGCCAAAGACUUCAUCACACGCCUGUUGGUCAAGAGCAAGAGUUGGAGGAUGAGUGCCUCACAGUCACUGAAACAUUCCUGGCUGUCGGAUCGCAAUCUUCACUAUCGCCUGCAUCAGAGGAAAAAUAAGUGCCACUCAACACACCCUUACCCUCCCCGAAGAUCUAGACAAUCUCCCAUCCAGAACGAGAGUCCCCUCCAAAAUGACUCCCAAGACCCUGUGGGCGCCUUAUGAUGAUACGGGGUCGGUGCCUUUUGAUGACACUGGGGCCAGGGCCCAACACUGGACCAACACUGCCGUACCUCUAUGGCUACUGGAUUACUGCUCUCUACUCUGCCUCGCAUCCUUUAGCUUAGCUCUGCAGCUUGUGUAACGCAGUUAACAACGUACCGUAAACACACUGAACAGCUAGCCUAAAAUGUCGCCAAUGGCGCUAUCGAUAGCUCCAACGGUUGGUACGUUGUCAAGGAGGGCGGUCACUAUAAAAUGCACUUUAAUGUAUCACUAUCAAAUACAAACAGAACCACUUUUUCAACAAUCAUAUUUAUUACAUUUUCAGCUUACUGUGGAUUUCAAAUAACUUAACAUAGGCCUAGUUUACCAAGUCUUAUCAUACCAUUGCAUUUUUAUUUGUUUGUUGGGUUUUGAUUUAAAAUAAAGGUUUGGGUGCAAUUUAUUUUCCUGGUAUUGUAAAGCUUUAGUUUCUACAGAGUUAGGAAUUCAUUUUCACACACCUUUCUCCUUGAUUUGCCCCAUCAAACUUUAAAUAGAUCACAUUCAUUAAAAUAAAUAAAUCGUUAUUAAUCCAGGUAAGCAUAAACUUGUCGAUAUUAGACAUUAUUCCUCAUUAGACAUUAUUACCUCCUUCUGCUGCUCUGCCCGUUGCUACUGACGUUCAUUUCUCCUGGAGCCGCUGCUGUGAAUAUACUGUAAAAGCGCCUCUUCUGUGCAUGCAUGCUGUUCGCUUGACCCCAACCUUUUACCUUUCUUUGCUUUCGCCCAUUGGAGUAGCCCUCUCACCUUCCAUGAAGGCAUAUUACUGAUCAACAAAACACUACCUAUAUGAUUUCAUAAUUCAUGUUUAUCGCUGAAGUGCCAGACUGUUUGUGCUGUCAUGCCAACUCCCUGUCACUCCUUGUCAUGCCACAUAUUUGCACUACCCUUCCGACUGGGCAGACAAUGAAAUUACGUUGACCCAACAUGGAAUAGACGUUGAAUUGACAUCUGUGCCCAGUGGGUUGUGAUUGGAGGGUAGCUGUGAGGGUUAUUGAAUUAGGGUCAAAUCCUGAUAUCUGAUUGCUGUGAGGCCAGACCAUUUGGCUUGACAAUUAGCAAUGGAGUUGGCAAGAGCAACAACAGAUCUGCGACCAGGCUAUGGAUUUAGUUCUUAUGGUCAUGAAUUAUCUUGGUUCCUAAAUUGAUUUUUACUUGAAAUGCAAGGCUUAGCCUCCAUAAGAAGGGUACAUAAUAUUAUAUUUAUCCAGGAGAGAAAAAACACAUACAAAAUUGUUUAUUUACUUAUUUGUGUUCUAUUGACUGAAUUUGAAGUGUUUGAGUAAUUGUAUUGUAGAUCUAAAUAAAAAAGGUUUGUCUGUGUAAUAGACUCACUAUUUUCAAACUGUGGAUAGUGGGUUGAUUAUUACUUGGUCAGAUAUUGAGGGAUUGAUUUAAUUAUUGUUUUAAUGAUUGAUUGUCAGAUGUGCCCUACCUGGAAUCAAUUGUUCUCCUUAUACCGUUGUGAUUUUGUGUAAUUUUUGUGUCAUUAUGAAACAUAAUUCUAGUUAGAAAUGUAUACAAAUAAAUAUAGACAAAAAUAAAAACAGAAAUUA